AAACACCCACCACUGAUUUUUUAGUAAAAACAAAAAUUAAGGUUAUUUCGUAACCUGUUCCAAAUUUUAAGAUUUUCUUUUUUUAUUAAUAAAAUUUGUACAGUAAAUCAUGGCUCAAAGUAGAUUGGAAAAAAUUGGAACGAUUUUUACCAGAGUAACUGGUUUGUUGCGUUCGGGAGCUAUGAAGCCGGAAGAUAAGCCUAUCUGGUAUGAUUUGUAUGAAGCCUUUCCACCUAAGCUGGAGCCACGUUUUGAUAGACCGGCACCAAAAAAUAUACCUAUAAAAAACAUUUUUUAUGAGGAGGAUGUAGCAAGAGCGAAAUUCCACAAAUCUUUAAAGCAACAAGAAAUGAUUAGUUUAUUCGAUAAGAAGCGGGAAACUCAAACCCAGCAAUUUAUCAAAAUUUACCAAGGUUUGAAAGCCCAGGGUGCUCUAGAUGAAGAGAAAAUUUUCGAAACUUCCGUUGAAUUGCUGCAACAAGAAAGACAACAAAUGAAGGCGGACAGCCAGGAACAAUUACUGGAAAGUGCGGAAAGCGACUCUAAGCUCUCAUUAUCAGAAGCCUUUAAUGAAGCCAAGCAAGCUAAAGAUAACUCGUCCACACGCAACACAAAUAGUGAAUCUAGAAAUCAUAAAUCAGGUUCGAAAAACUCCAUAGGCGGUAUAGAUAUACAAAAUUUGUUUAAAGAUUAAUUUUUUUAUAUAUUAAAAUGGAAAAUAGUUUAUUUGAAAAGUACAUAAUUAAAAUUGUUUUCUUAAACAGCUAAA